AUGUUUCCCACACGAAGACUAGCCUCCCAGGGCUUUUUCAAACGCAGCGCCGAUGAGUUCGGUCGCCUGUCCCGAAUUGCUUGGAACACGGAGGCCCUCCACACUCCGACCAAACCUUACAACCUCCUCAACUUCGAAGAUGAGGCCACAACCACAGGAUGUAAAACAAUGGCCGACCGUGCAGUAGGUGGAUUCAGCACUGCCAGUUUGGACCAUGAACCCGCGGACCCUUCCUCGAACACCCCUUCACACGCUCGCUUCCAUGGUACCAUCUCGACAAAGCUCCCCGAGAACUGGCGCGUUGAAAGAACCGGUUAUGCCGCGUUCCGAAACCAAGACCGAGGCUUUUGGCUUCUAGGCCGGCUAUACUGGGACGUGGAUCCCUAUGCGUAUCUGGCACUCCGAAUUAAGUCUGACGGUCGGCGCUACACCGUCAACGUGCAGACGGAUGCUGUCGUCGAGACGGAUAUCCAUCAGCACAGAUUAUACACGCGCCACCACCGGGUGCGCCAAGAACAGCCGGAGGCAUACGAGAGCAAUCCUGAAUCGCCGGAUGCCGCGGAGGAUUUGUAUCCCGGUGGUAUGCCUGCUGCGCUUUCAGAUGUUCCUCCCGAGUCGACGAUUAUCUCCACAUCUACCAGCACAACUACCUCCGGCUCCGACGGGUGGGAGACUGUCCUUCUGCCGUUCAGCUCGUUCGUGCGCACAAACUAUGGAUUUGUCGUUGAGCCUCAGACUUCGCUGACCCGCCAGCGGGUCAAGAGUAUUGGUAUUGGUCUGACGGACCGUGUUGACGGACCAUUCGAUCUGCGCAUCCACAAGAUUUGGGCCACGAACGGCAUGGGUGAGGCAGACAUCGAGGAGGAGCGGAGAAUCUGUGGCGGCAAUGCACUUCCUCUUGAUGAGGGUGUUCGCUCUGGCUGGACCGAGCAAUCUGAGCAAUUGCCCGAGAAAGAGUCCAAGCAAAAGAGCCAGGAGCCCCAGCAGAAAGGUCUCAAGGGUCUCAAAUGGGAAGAGUAA